AUGUUAAGAUCUAGUUUAAACCAGAAUUUGGCAAAAAGGUGUCUAUCAACUGCAAAUAAUAAUGGUGCCACCUUGAUUAAAAAAAGACAUCCAAUUCGUAAUUUUAUUUUGAAAACUGCUCUAGGUGCUACUGUAUUUUAUGCUGGUGGUGUUGCUUUAUCUGAGUAUAAUGAGAAGUUUGCAGAAUAUUUUAGAACUUAUGUUCCAUUAGGUGAUGAUUUAGUUCAUAAUUAUGAAGUGUACCGUUAUGGUCCAGAUUCAAAAUUGGGUGAAGGGAUUUCUGUUGUUGGAUUGAGGGAAAUGAUACAAGAGGUCGUUUAUCGUAAUCCAACUAAAUUCCAUCCUGAAGGUGGUGAAAUUGAAAUUAUUCAAGAAGUCGUUCCACCAACAAGGCUUUUGACUUUAGAAUUGAUAACUGUCGAUGAUGAAAGAAUGGAUCCAAAAUUUUCCUCUUUAGUAAAAGAUUUGAAUUCUACUAUAGAAACAAUUAUUAAUCAAAAUAUUUAUUUAACAGAUUCUCAAAUUGGUUAUAUUUUGGAAUGUUACAGUACAUUGACAGCAGCAGUUACUGAGUAUAAUCAGCAAUUACAAAAUAACAUGAAUCUAAUCAUUAAAGAAAAAACUACAAAAGCAGUCAAUGAAUUGAAUUCUGAAUAUGAAAAAAAAUUCACUGAUAAAGAAUCUGAGUUAACGGGAAAGUUUAUUCAAGAUUUUAAUAACUUCAAAGAUCAAUUGGAGCAAAAGAAGGCUAACGAAUUGAAUACUGAAUUAAGAGCCAAUGAACAAACCCUAUUAGCCAAACAUGCUAACGAAGUUGCGUUAUUGUCAAUUACACAAGUUGAAGAAUUUACCAAGAUUAUUAAGGAAAAAGUCGAUAAGGAAAGAGAUGGAAGAUUAGGUCAAUUGCAAGAGUUAGACGCAAGCGUUACUUCUCUAUCCAAGUCCGUCGAUAAGAUGAAUAAUGCUUUGAUGAAAAAUGAAGUAAUUACUCAAAUGAUUACAUUAUUAUCAAGUAUGAAACAAAAAUUAAAUGAAGCUGGCACUACAAACGAGGGUCUAUCAUUAGAGAAGGAAAUCGAUAGGAUUAAAUUAUUAUCAAGUAUCGUACCAUUAGCCACUUCAUCCUGUAAAUGUUCCUCAAAAUGUAAAUCAAACUGUAAAUGUAGUAAAAGUUGUGGAAGAAAAAAGACGUUAAUGUCUGUUGGUAUCUCAGAAUUAGACAACGCUGCUUCUGGUAAAUUAAUAUUAUCCAAUGAACAAUUAUAUAACAGAUGGAAUUUAUUAGAAGGAGACUUCAAGGCCGCUUCUUUAUUACCAGCAAAUCCAGGUAUUUUAGGCCAUUUCACUGCUAAGAUGUUUUCAUUAUUAUUAUUCACCAAAAGAGGUGUAUCAGUAGAUGGAACCGAUUUAGACAGUGUAUACGCAAAAGUCAGUGAAAAUAUAAGACUAUCUAAACUGGAUAAAGCCUUAGCAGACGUUGUAUCUUUAAAAGGUUGGCCUCAUGUUGUCUGUCAAGGUUGGAUCGAUGACGCUAAAAGAAAACUAGAAGUUGAAGCGUUAAUCGAUGUAUUGGAUUCAGAAGUAAGAGCCUUGUAA